AUUGUUCAAAAAAUAUAAUAGACAAGAGCAAAGUAAAAAUGUCAACACUCACUCGAAUUGACAUUCAAAAUUCAGCUAUGUAUUCGAAAUUUUUUACUUAGGAAUGCAAUAGAAUGUACGGAACAUCGAUUUAUUGGCCCAAUAAAAGAUUAGUUUAUUUCGGUUAACCAUUUACACUUGAUCACUAAUCUCACUCUCUCUCGAGUGUUGAAUAUACAUUUGUUCCACUGAAGCCUGUACUCUCAAUCUUUAAUCAUUAUUACAUCAGCAACGCUGGAGUACUGCACGUGCACUGAGUGACCAUAUAUGCCAUACGUGUAUAAAAACCACAACAUACAAUCAAGGAUAUAAAAAAGUCAGCAAUACUGACAAAAUGUGUGGAAUUUGGGCACUAUUUGGUUUGGACACAGAACCCUUGACCUGUAUCUGUGAGAAUUUUGACAAGAUAUCGCAUCGUGGUCCAGAAGCUUUCAAGAUAGAAUUUGAUAUCAGAGUCAAGAAUGGAUAUCUGGGAUUUCAUAGACUGGCGAUUGUUGAUGGCCUGUAUGGAAUGCAACCAAUGAGAAUUUGUAAAUAUCCACAUCUAUUUCUUCUGUGCAAUGGGGAGCUGUAUAACUGGAAGAAAAUAGGGAAACAAUAUGACUUUGAAUAUACUACUAAGUGUGAUGUAGAAGUCAUUAUGCACUUAUAUGCUCACGGCGGUGCCGACUUUGUUGCUCGAUCCUUGGAUGGUGUAUUUGCAUUUUGUUUAAUGGACAUCGAGAAAAGAAGAAUUCUAAUUAGCAGAGAUCCAUAUGGUGUUAGGCCACUGUUUAGAUUACAUUCAGAUGAUGGCCAAUUAGCCAUCUGUUCAGAGAGCAAGGGUCUAAUGGCGAUAUUAAAACGCACAAAUGGGAAAUCGAUUCUAGAACCAUUUCCUCCAGGUCAUUAUGAAGAAUACGAAAUUUUGAACGAUGGCCGAACCAAACUUUUAAGAAACGUCAAUUAUCAUAAACCUGGUGACAAACCUUCCUUUGAAAUGUAUACUCCUUUGAUUGAUUUGGGUUCGAAACACAUCCAUAGCAAUAUCCGAAAGUUACUUUCGGCAGCUGUGGAAAAACGACUAAUGGGCGAUAGACGAAUAGGGUGUCUACUGUCGGGUGGGUUGGAUUCUAGUUUGGUUGCAGCUUUAUUGAUGAAGCAAGCAAAAAAACAUAAUCUACCAUACAAAAUACAAAGCUUUGCGAUAGGUAUGGGAGACAGUCCAGAUAUCAUUGCUGCAAAACAGGUUGCAGAAUAUAUCGGAACUGAACAUCAUGAGAUUAUCUUUACCCAGCAGGAUGUAAUUGAUGUGUUGGAUAAAGUUAUUUAUUCUCUAGAAACAUACGACAUCACUACUAUUCGAGCCUCGAUUGGAAUGUACAUUCUUUCAAGAUAUAUAAAACAAAAUACAGAGACAACUGUGAUCUUCAGUGGGGAAGGUGCAGAUGAAUUAGCACAAGGCUACAUCUAUUUCAGAGACGCACCUAAUGCAGCAGAUGCACACAAUGAAUCUCUUAGACUGUUAAAGGAUAUUUAUCUAUAUGAUGGUUUGAGAGCAGACAGAACGACCAGUGCUUUUAGUUUAGAGCUCAGAGUUCCGUUCUUAGAUCUUCAGUUCACCAAUUACUAUUUGUCGUUGGAUCCUAUCAUUAGACAACCCCAAGAUGGAAUCGAGAAACAUUUGUUAAGAUCUGCAUUUGACAAGAUUGAUUUACUACCUUUCAAUAUUCUUUGGAGACAUAAAGAAGCUUUUAGUGAUGGCGUCGCUUCCAUUAAAAAGUCUCUGUUCAAAAUAAUUCAAGAAAUUGUAGAGGAUCGUGUGCAGGAUGAAGAUCUGGAAAAAGCUUGUAUUAAAUAUCCUCACUGCACACCAAAGACAAAAGAAGCGCUCUAUUAUAGAGACGUUUUUGAGUCACAUUAUGGGGGACAAGCAGAAAAUUUUACACCUUACUUCUGGAUGCCACGCUGGGUAAAAGGUAUCACCGAUCCAUCUGCAAGAUUUAUCGCUCAUUAUCAACAAUGUUAAACUCUAAUAAGAAAAUUGGAAUGAAAUCAUCAUAUAUAUAGGUUUAGAAAUGCAUAAAAUAUAUAAAAUCAAAAUAUUAGUGAAAGUAAAUAAGAGCCCAAAAGAAAUAAUCUUUUCGCUGGCAUUGUAGUGUACAAAAUUUAAUUAAUCAUUUUUAUAUAAUCAUAAUUAAGUUAAAAAAACGUACGUUUUGGUCACCGGUUUGGACCUUCAUCAGUGCAAACGAAGACGGGAUUCAAUAAUAAGAGUAUGAAAACUAAUCGUAGUAUUAAACGCAAUAUAAUUAUUCGGUCUGUCUUGUCUUAUACGCAAUAUAAUUAUUCGGUAAUGCAAUUAUCGCAAAGUGAUUUGAUUGUGACAAACAGGUAAAUAGCGAAUAAUCUCGACUUGCCUCCAACGUCUAUUAUCUUAAAGCUGAUAUAGCGUAAAAAAACAGUUCAAAUUAAAAUAAGAGAAGUUUUGUCGGAAAUGUUGGCUUACUAAGUAAACGCAGAAAGAGAGAUAUAUAUACAUCAUCAUAUAACAUACAUAUAUAACGCAGGAUCUACUAUAUUAAAUUAUAAAUGUUUUGUACAUUGGAUAUUCAGGGAUAUUUGUGCAUAUUUAUUAUAAGUGAUAUAUCUAUCACAGGAUAUUUAUAAUUUUUAUCAAAGCUAUAUAUAAUAUAUUACAUAUAUAGCGUUCGUAUUUUAUCUUAAAGACGACAUUUUGUCUAUCACUGUUAUUAAAAUA